AGGCUGCAGUGUACCAGUAUGCAUCUCCAGAUGGUAUCUUGGAGGUAGGUGCGAAGUGAGAUAGAGGAGGAGAGACAGACAGCACACAGAGAGAUGGUGGGAGACCUGUGACGGACGAAGCCUUUCCAUUGGAGCAGAAAGGAAGCCAAACAGAAGAGAUAGAGACAGAGAGAGUUAAAGUGAGAGAGGAGGGUGGUUAUUUGUUGCCAUAGUGAAAAAGUAGAUUAACCACCGUGAGCAUGAUGCUGUGAUGCACUUGUGAGAGAUGCUGUGUUUCUGUGGGAGUAUUCACCCCUACAAGCUGAGGUUUUUGGGAACAUGUCUUUCACUGAACUUUUCCAGGGGAGACCAGCACAGCCUUGUAGCCGGGGGAUCCUGGAGAAACUUUUUCUAGACUUUCUCCUGAAUUUUUUUAUAGUUUGCACAGCAGCAGCUGUCUCAGUCCUCCCACAAAUGCUCCCCCCUUGACAUACAAGCUAUUCCCUAAAAAAAACAACUUGGAAAGGCAGAAUACAAAACUGAGUUUUACUCCAAGCCUUCCACAUCGCCGACAGCUCUUGACAUGUUCAGCCAAUCUGUUGGUCAAGCAGUAGUACCCUGUGACACUUCUGCGCUUACAAUCUGAGAUCUGCCUGUGCUUCCCAACCUCGCUCUACCAUGAUGAUGCUUUGGCUUCUGCUGCUUUUUUCAAUUUGGGUGUGGUGUGAAGGAGCAGAUUCCAGUGAACGGAGAGUUGUGGCGCACAUGCCUGGGGACAUCAUCAUUGGAGCUUUGUUCUCUGUCCAUCACCAGCCCCCUGCUGACAAGGUUCACGAACGCAAGUGUGGCGCAGUGCGUGAGCAGUAUGGCAUCCAGAGGGUGGAGGCCAUGAUGCAUACGCUGGACAGAAUCAAUGCUGACCAAAACAUCCUUCCCAACAUCACUUUGGGCUGCGAGAUCCGGGACUCCUGUUGGCACUCCGCUGUGGCUCUGGAGCAGAGCAUUGAGUUCAUACGGGAUUCUCUGGUGUCCUCUGAUGAUUCUGAGGAUUGGGGUGGUGUGACAUCUUGGGGAGGAGGAGGUGGAGGGGGAGGAGGAGGUGGAGGGGGAGGGACAAUGAAGUGCUCAGACCCAGCUGCUACUCCAAUGCGUGGAAAGAAGCCUAUUGUCGGUUUAAUUGGACCAGGAUCAAGUUCAGUGGCUAUCCAGGUGCAAAAUCUGCUGCAGCUUUUCAACAUACCGCAGAUCGCCUACUCUGCCACAAGCAUGGACCUCAGUGACAAGAGCCUUUAUAAAUACUUUAUGAGAGUGGUCCCUUCAGAUGCCCAGCAAGCACGAGCCAUGGUGGACAUUGUCAAAAGAUACAACUGGAGUUAUGUGUCUGCUAUCCACACUGAAGGCAACUAUGGUGAAAGUGGGAUGGAAGCAUUUAAAGACAUGGCAGCCAAGGAGGGCAUCUGUAUCGCCCACUCAGGUAAAAUCUGGAGCAAUGCCGGAGAACAGAGCUUUGAUCGUCUGCUGGAGAGACUGAGGGCACACCUGCCUAAGGCCAGAGUAGUAGCAUGUUUUUGUGAAGGCAUGACUGUUCGCAACAUCCUCAUGGCUAUGAGACGCCAGAGACUGGUCGGAGCUUUUCUCCUUGUCGGCAGCGAUGGAUGGGCGGACAGGUAUGAUGUGACAGAUGGCUAUGUCAAGGAAGCAGCAGGCGGUAUUACCAUCAAGCUUCAGUCAGCGGACGUGAAAUGGUUCGAUGAUUACUACCUGAAGCUCCGUCCUGAAAACAACCACAGGAACCCCUGGUUUCCAGAGUUCUGGCAGCACCGGUUUCACUGCAGACUAAAAGGUCACCCACAGGAGAGCAACAAGUACAACCGCACCUGUGGCAAACGAGAUUCCCUACAGCAGCAUUAUGCACAGGACACCAAGAUGGGAUUCGUGAUUAAUGCUAUUUACUCUAUGGCAUUCGGCCUGCACAACAUGCAGCGUUCCCUUUGCCCGGGCUAUCAGGGCCUUUGUGAUGCAAUGCGACCCAUAGAUGGUGCUACUCUGCUGGACUUCCUGAUGAAAACCAACUUCACUGGUGUGUCAGGAGAGGGAAUUUUAUUCGAUGAAAAUGGGGACUCACCUGGCAGGUAUGAAAUAAUGAAUUUCAAGAAAAUUGGGAAGGAGUACUAUGACUACAUCAGUGUUGGAAGUUGGGACAACAGUGGGUUAAAGAUGGAUGAUGAUGAAAUCUGGUCCAGCAAAGAUGCCAUCAUUAAAUCGGUCUGCAGCGAACCCUGUGACAAAGGCCAGAUUAAGGUGAUCCGUAAGGGUGAGGUGAGCUGCUGCUGGACGUGCACCCCGUGCAAAGAGAACGAAUUUGUGUUUGAUGAAUACACCUGCCGAGCCUGUGAGCUGGGCUCCUGGCCUAAUGAUGGCCUCACAGGCUGUGACCCAAUCCCUGUGGAGUACCUGCGAUGGGGGGAUCCAGAACCCAUAGCAGCUCUGGUAUUUGCCUGCCUCGGUCUAAUGGCCACCUUCUUUGUCACUGGAGUCUUUAUCCACUUCCGGGACACCCCGGUUGUGAAAUCCUCCAGCCGGGAGCUGUGUUAUAUCAUACUAGCUGGGAUUUGCCUGGGAUAUCUGUGCACCUUCACCCUCAUUGCAAAACCCCAUGUGAUCCACUGCUACCUCCAACGACUGGGAAUAGGUCUGUCGCCUGCCAUGAGUUACUCUGCACUAGUCACCAAGACAAACCGCAUCGCUCGGAUUCUGGCAGGAAGCAAGAAGAAGAUCUGUACAAAGAAACCGCGCUUCAUGUCAGCCUGUGCCCAGCUCAUCAUUGCCUUCCUCCUUAUACUGCUGCAGUUGGGCAUCAUCGUGGCUCUUUUUCUCAUGGAGCCACCAGAUGUGAUUCAUGACUACCCCAGCAUCCGCCAGGUCAACCUCAUUUGCAACACCACUAACCUUGGAGUCGUAGCCCCCCUGGGAUACAAUGGUCUGCUGAUCCUCAGCUGCACCUUUUAUGCCUUUAAGACUCGCAAUGUCCCGGCUAAUUUCAACGAGGCCAAGUACAUAGCUUUUACAAUGUAUACCACCUGCAUCAUCUGGUUGGCGUUUGUCCCCAUCUACUUUGGCUCCAACUAUAAGAUUAUCACCAUGUGCUUCAGUGUUAGCCUCAGUGCCACAGUUGCUCUGUGCUGCAUGUUUGUACCCAAGGUGUACAUCAUCCUGGCCAAACCAGAGCGUAACGUACGCAGUGCCUUCACCACCAGCACUGUGGUCCGCAUGCAUGUGGGAGACGGAAAGUCGUCUUCAGCCGCCAGCCGCUCCUCCAGCCUGGUUAACCUGUUUAAACGCAGAGGCUCUACUGGAGAGACCCUAAGCUCCAAUGGUAAAUCUGUGUCUUGGGCGCAGACAGAGCGCAGCAGCUCACGAGGCAACCACCUGUGGCAGCGGCUGUCCUUCCACAUCAAGAAGAAGGAGAACAAUCAGACAGCAGUCAUUAAGCCCUUCUCCAAAACCUCUGAGGAGCGUUACUGUGGAGGAUCUGACUUGCCCCCGCAUGUACCUCUGCCCUCCCUCUCCUCUAUGUCCUCUUUGCCGACUCAUCCUGACAAUGGGACAGACAAGACCCUCUACGAGCUCUCAGAAGCAGAGGAGCACUACUCAAUCACCUACCAGCCGCAGACGCCAUCACCCAUCAGCACCGUGAGCCAGAGGAUAGCAGCCAGUUUAGGGGAGGAGUCCCAGGUGGCCUGCAUUUCCAAGUAUUCCAGCAGUGUGUGCAGCGGCGGCAGCAGCAGCAGUGGCGGGCCUCCCAGCAGCGGCUCUGGGGCGGCUGGGAGUGACGGGCGUCUAGUUGCUCUGGACGACCGCCCGUCACAGCCCCAGAGCAAUCUGAUGGAUCAGAUUAGCUGCGUUGUGAACCGCUUCACUGCUAAUAUUACUGAGCUCAACAGCAUGAUGCUCUACCCGUCUCCAACCCACACACAAAAACACGCUCCCCCUGCUGCUCAUCCCCCUGAUCCCUACCUGCUACCCCGCGAGAUCCCGAUGCCCCCGACUCUCACUACAUACGCUGAUGUUCAGCCCCUUCCCCCUAUUGAAUCCAGUCUGGGCACCCGGGCCCCCUGUCCAGUUCACUCCAUCCCUCGCUCUCCUUAUCCCCUGCCGCCUCCUCAUCCCCACUCAUCCCCCUCUAUUUCCCCAAUAAGAGGAAGCCUGGUCUCCCAUCUCCCCGACUCCCCGCUCAGAAGGUCUGAGCUGGAAGAGGAGCUCAUUGCGUUGACACCUCCUUCCCCCUUCCGUGACUCUCUGGGUUCUAGCAGUAGCUCCCAGAUCUCAGAGACAGGUCUCUUUGUUCCUCCUGUCCCCAAUCACCCGCCUCCCUCUCCCCCUUCUCCCAGGUACACCCGCCUGACUCUCAGAAACUACAGUCAGAGUUCCUCCUCACUGUGAGGUAGACGUGAUGAGCUGGAGAAAAUAGAGCAAACAGGAUGGACAGACUAGAAUCCAUUCAUCACCGAUUGGAGUAAAAACCAGAGGAGACGUCGUCAGGGAGUCGUGGUUGGUGAAGACACCAAGCUGUGAUUGCGUUUACAUGUUUACAGUGAGAUGUGAGUACAAGAGGCCUGCAGGGUGUCGUAUUUUCUCGCAUGUUGUUCCGGCCAUUGUGACACCGAGGUGUUUGGGCAGCCGCAGAAAUCCUUCUUGGAGGUUCUCCGUCAUUUAGAUUGGGCUUGUGGCCUUAAGGUAUCUCGGCUGACAACUAAUUACAGAUUCUGUGUGUGUGCUUCAGUGGGCCUGAGUGUGUUUCUGCUGUAUCUUAGAGAAGGAAAAGUGAUGGGAAAAUGGCAGCAGAGAGUGCAAAGUAAGAACCACAAAUGGACAAGCUGCAAAGGGCACACACAGUAUGGAGUUGCUCAAACAAAUCAAAGAAGUAUGAGCACACAAUUAAAAACUAGUGUGUGAGAAAUAACAGUGGAUUUAUAGAAGAAUUAUAGAUUCUCUAUAGUGAUAAACUCCAAGUGUCUGAUGAAAGUGCAUUGCCAGAAUAUACUAAACAGUUUGUUGAUCUAGAAAACCUAUUUCAUAAAGCAUUUUUUUUUUUGCUCAGCUCUCAUCACAGACAGUUUAUGGUUUUCAUGUUUUCUACUCUUCCAGUAAGUCUGAAUGUAUAUUUUUUACAUUACUCCUGAGGCAGUUGGGACCAAAUCUUUUGUAGCUCUAAGCCUGUAACUAGAGAUGGAGGGAGAACACGGGAGAAGUGACGAGACUAGGUGUUGUUUUUACCAUGAACAUUUGCAGUAUUAAGCUCUCACUCAGGUGGAUCAUUUGGAGGAAUUUGACCUCAAAGCUUUUCUGCUGACCUGUGGCAUUCAGAAGUGCAAUCUGUAAGGCUUAGCUGGAUCCCAGUCAUGAUAUUUUCCUGAUACAAUUAGUCAGCGGGUGACAAUGACCUGUUCCAUCUAAGGCACUGCUUUAAAAUCGAUUAGUUGGAGGGAAAGUCAGUUGAAAUCUUAGUUGGACAAAAAUUAAUAGAAUCUUCUAAAAGGUUGUUUGUUGGACAUUUUUUAAAUUACAUAAAAUUUGUUACAUUUGUUUUGGUUUAGAGAUUAAAAUGUUGGCACAUCCCUUUGAUCACAAACAAUAUGAAGCAGAAAGAAAUGACUGACAUCCAGCGUGGCCAAAAGUUGACAACAAGGGGACAAAAAAACACUGACUUGAAAAUAAUCUAAGACCAUUAUAAAUGCGUCCCCACUUUGGGAUUAAAAAAAUGCUGUCUUGCUGAGAGUGCGAUAAAGAAAAGGUCACAUUUGAGCCAUGGGAUAUUACCAAGUUGGAGAAUAAAUAAUAAACUUUGUCUCCUUAUAUGCUCAAACACAAAUGAUGUUCCCAGAAACAGAUACUUGUCAACAUAGUUUCAGAUUUCCAACUUUACGGAUUGUUUUCAUAAGGUUUUAUGUCACACACUUCAUUUAAUUAAAGGCACUUACUCCUGUUUAUAUAUAUAUAUAUUCAUAGUAAUGCCAAUCAGUUUAAAUGUAAUAUAUCAGGACAUUGGUUGAAAUGUUUUCUUAUAUAUGUUUUUUGCCUUCACGUUUUUUAAGGUAACAAUCAGUACCACUCAGGUGGUUGUUAGGUAUAUAGAUGGGGAGUGUUGGCCUAGUGGUUAGAACAGUGCACUUGUGCUCUGAGAAGUUUGCAAGCCGGUUCGAUUCCCACAGCCUCCACUUUGGGUCUCCGAGCAAGACCCUUAACCCCACACUCUUCCCAGGCACCUCACAAUGGCUCCCCAAGGGGAUGGGUUAAAUGCAGAGGUAAAUUUCUCCAACGUGAGAUCAAUGAAGUUCAGUUAUUAUUAUUAAAAGAUCACAGCAUCUUCAUGUGUCUUAAAACUUUGUAUUAAGUUGCAAAAUUCUUAGCUCGUUUUGGCCUGUUCCUGUGCAACCUGGAUUCUGGAAAACUGAUUAUGUUGACAAGCAUUAGAGCGAUCUAAUUAUUCUCAGCUCACUCUCAGCAAGAAAGCAAAUUGGUUAGAUUGAGAUUUCAUGUCAGUUGUUUUCAGCUCAUCCCUGGUUCUGUGUCAUACUUCCUGGAGCGUUUAACUGUCUCAUAUUAGGACAUGUUUUUGUGGAUGUCUAAACAGAUGUUUGGCAUUGUAGAAAAUUGGGUAUGCCUUUAAAUCGAAUGUAUUUAUAUGUGCCAAUGUUUGCUUUCUGGAUCGCAGAGGGAGACUAAAUGUGCAGAUGAAUGCAUUCCGUAAGAUCCCUCUGAGGAGUGGAGGCCUUUGCAU